UUGGAAAGUGACAUCCUUCAAAAAGGUACAUCAUCUCAUUCAUUUUCAACAUCUUUCCUUUAAAAAAAAAAAAAAACUUCUUUCCUCUCUCUUCCAUACCAAACUUCAUGAUUGAUAUCUUAUUCUGCUUCCUCUAAGUCUUUCCUUGGGAGAUCUCUAAAGUUCUUCGGUUUGUUUGUUCCACACACACUUUCAAGUAAUUUCUCUCUUUCCUUGACAGAUCUCAGUUUGUUUGUUUUCACACUUUCAGAAGAUAGAUUAUAGUUUUGCAGUGAGUCUCUUAGGAUUUGACUACAAAUAUCAUGGCAGAGUUGAUUGGUGGAGCAUUUCUUUCAUCAUUCUUUCAAGUCACUCUUCAGAGCAUUGCCUCAAGAGAUUUCAAAGACCUCUGCAAUAAAAAGUUGGUUAAAAAACUCGAAAUCACAUUGAAUUCUAUCAAUCAAUUGUUGGAUGAUGCAGAGACAAAGAAGUACCAGAACCAAAAUGUUAAGAAUUGGCUUGAUCGUCUAAAACAUGAGGUAUAUGAAGUAGAUCAAUUGUUGGAUGAGUUUGAUACAAGUGUACAACGAAAGAGCAAGGUUCAACACUUCCUUUCAGCUUUCAUUAAUCGAUUUGAAUCUAGGAUCAGAGAUUCGCUAGAUGAACUAAAACUUCUUGCCGAUCAAAAGGAUGUGUUGGGAUUAACACAGAGAAGUUUCCCUAGUUAUGAAGGUGCAGUUAGCCUGCAAUCCUCGAAAAGAUCGCCAACUGCAUCUUUAGUGGAUGAAUCUUCCAUACGUGGUAGAGAAGGUGACAAAGAAGAAUUAAUCAAGUAUUUGCUUUCUUACAACGACAAUGGCAACCAAGUAUCAACUAUCAGCAUAGUGGGUUUGCCUGGGAUGGGGAAGACCACCCUUGCUCAGCUUGUCUACAAUGACCAGAGGAUGGACAAGCAGUUUGAACUUAAAGUUUGGGUCCAUGUAUCUGAGUAUUUUGAUGUUAUUGCACUUACCAAAAUAAUUCUUAGAAAAUUUGAUUCUUCUGCAAAUAGUGAAGACUUGGAUAUACUCCAACGGCAACUGCAAGAAAUAUUAAUGGGCAAGAACUAUCUACUUGUUGUGGAUGAUGUCUGGAAACUGAAUGAGGAAAGUUGGGAGAAGUUACUACUUCCCUUUAACCAUGGAUCUUCUACGAGUAAGAUUAUUGUGACAACACGCGACAAAGAGGUAGCAUUAAUUGUGAAAUCUACAAAGUUAUUUGAUUUGAAACAAUUGGAGAAGAGUGACUGUUGGAGUUUAUUUUCCAGUCUUGCUUUUCCUGGCAAAAAAUUGAGCGAAUACCCAAAUCUUGAAUCAAUUGGCAAAAAUAUUGUAGAUAAGUGUGGAGGGCUGCCUUUAGCUGUGAAAACAUUGGGAAACCUUUUGCGGAAAAAAUAUUCUCAACACGAAUGGGAUAAGAUACUAGAGGCUGACAUGUGGCGGUUAGCUGAUGGUGACAGUAACAUUAACUCGGCAUUGAGAUUGAGUUACCAUAACCUCCCUUCUAAUCUGAAGCGCUGUUUUGCCUACUGCUCUAUAUUUCCUAAGGGUUUUGAGUUUGACAGGGAUGAAUUGAUCAAGCUUUGGAUGGCAGAAGGUUUGCUGAAAUGUUGCAGAAGAGACAAAAGUGAGGAAGAGUUGGGUAAUGAAUUCUUUGAUGAUCUUGAGUCCAUUUCAUUUCUCCAACAAUCACUAGAAGAUCAUAAGAGUAUAGUCAUGCAUGAUCUUGUCAAUGAUUUGGCAAAAUCAGAGUCCCAAGAGUUUUGCUUACAAAUUGAGGGUGAUAGUGUGCAAGAUAUAUCUGAAAGAACACGUCACAUUUGCUGUUAUCUUGAUUUGAAAGAUGGUGCUAGAAUAUUAAAGCAGAUUUAUAAGAUAAAGGGGUUACGCAGCCUGCUGGUAGAAUCACGAGGCUAUGGUAAAGACUGCUUCAUGAUAGACAACAAUUUGCAACGUAAUAUAUUUUCAAAACUAAAAUAUUUGCGGAUGUUGUCAUUCUGCCAUUGUGAACUCAAAGAGCUAGCGGGUGAGAUAGGAAAUCUAAAGCUUUUGCGCUAUCUAAACUUGGCUGGAACAUUAAUUGAAAGGUUGCCUGACUCAAUUUGUAAGCUGAAUAAAUUAGAGACAUUAAUACUAGAAGGCUGUUCUAAAUUGACUAAACUCCCUUCAAAUUUUUACAAACUUGUUUGUUUACGCCAUCUCAAUCUUGAAGGCUGUAAUAUAAAGGAAAUGCCAAAGCAGAUAGGGAGUCUAAUCCAUCUUCAAACGCUGAGUCAUUUUGUUGUGGAAGAGGAGAAUGGGUCUAAUAUUCAGGAGUUGGGUAAGCUCAAUCGUCUUCGAGGGAAACUUUGUAUUUCAGGGUUGGAACAUGUCAUUAAUCCCGAAGAUGCAGCAGGAGCAAAUUUGAAAGAUAAGAAACAUGUAGAAGAAUUAAAUAUGAAAUAUGGUGACAAUUACAAACUCAACAACAACAGAAGUGAAUCCAAUGUGUUUGAGGCUCUUCAACCAAAUAACAACUUGAAUAGGCUUUACAUCUCACAAUACAAAGGUAAAAGCUUUCCAAAGUGGAUAAGGGGUUGUCAUUUACCAAACUUAGUAUCUCUUAAAUUACAGAGCUGUGGAUCAUGUCUCCAUUUGCCACCACUUGGACAGCUCCCGUGUCUCAAGGAGCUUGCUAUCUGUGACUGUCAUGGAAUAAAGAUAAUUGGUGAAGAGUUUCAUGGCAACAAUUCAACAAAUGUUCCGUUCUUGUCCCUUGAAGUUUUGAAAUUUGUGAAGAUGAACAGUUGGGAGGAAUGGUUGUGUCUUGAAGGGUUUCCUUUGCUUAAAGAGCUUUCUAUAAAAAGCUGUCCCGAAUUGAGAAGCGCAUUGCCUCAACACCUUCCUUCUUUACAAAAAUUAGAGAUUAUUGACUGUGAACUGUUAGAGGCAUCGAUUCCCAAGGGUGAUAAUAUCAUAGAGUUAGAUCUACAGAGAUGUGAUCACAUUUUAAUAAAUGAAUUGCCAACCAGCUUGAAAAGGUUCGUCUUUCGUGAAAAUUGGUUCGCCAAGUUCUCCGUGGAGCAAAUUUUAAUCAACAAUACUAUUCUUGAAGAGUUGAAGUUUGAUUUUAUAGGCUCUGUAAAAUGUCUCUCUUUGGAUUUGCGAUGCUAUAGUUCUCUUCGUGAUCUUUCAAUAACAGGAUGGCACUCCUCCUCCUUGCCUUUGGAACUACACCUCUUCACCAAUCUCCAUUCUUUAAAGUUGUACAAUUGUCCGAGGCUGGAUUCAUUUCCUAAUGGUGGUUUGCCUUCCAACUUGAGAGGCCUUGUAAUAUGGAAUUGCCCAGAAUUGAUUGCUUUGAGACAGGAGUGGGGUUUGUUCAGACUCAAUUCCUUGAAAUCAUUCUUUGUUAGCGAUGAGUUUGAAAACGUAGAGUCCUUCCCAGAGGAGAGUCUGCUGCCACCAACUCUUACGUAUCUUAAUUUGAAUAAUUGUUCAAAGCUAAGAAUAAUGAACAACAAGGGUUUUCUCCACCUCAAAUCCCUCAAAGAUCUAUAUAUUGUCGACUGCCCUAGUCUUGAGUGCUUGCCAGAGAAGGAGGGUCUACCCAACUCCCUUUCUAAUUUGUACAUUCUAAAUAGUCCAUUACUUAAGGAGAAGUACCAAAACAAGAAAGAAGAGCCGUGGGAUACAAUUUGUCACUUUCCUGAUGUGUCGAUUGACGAAAAUUUGCAGCAGGAACCUAUUGAUGCCUUAGAGGCAACAGGAGGUCGCGAUUAAUCUGCGACUGUGAAUAAUAAGACUGUGUAUUGGUGAAUGAUCUUGCCAUUCCUGCCAAUGAAGCACAAGGACAUUGUUAAUAAUUCCAUCAAUUCGAAAAUAUGUAAAUAAAUAAUUCUAUGAAUUUCAACAAUUUUUUCUUCUUGUGUUGUUAACAAGUGUCUGUAUUUCUUCUAUGUUAACUCCCAUACACCCUUUUAUUUUGAGUCUCUUUAGUGUUAAUUAUCCAGUUUCCAUUUGUCAUUGUGUGACUUGUGUCUGUCUACAAAACAUGAAUCAUGAGAAAAGAAGAAAGUCGGUAGCUAGCUUGCAUCAACCAAUUACAAGCUAUAACCACAUUUUCACACACUCCAUCGGUUCAACAAGAUUUGCUCCAGCUUGCCCUUUAAAGAAAGUCUUGCCUAAUCAGAGAACACAUCAUACUUUAGAAAAGAAGCCAAUUUCAACAAAGAGAUCACGACUGUAGUUUGAUCAACUAGAGUGCUGAAGAGAAAAGAGGAAGAAGAAUAGGAGGAAAAUCUCAGAAGAUGGCGAUAAGGAAAAAUAUCCAAGUUCAAAGAGGGAAAAGACCAAGAAAUGAGUAAAGAACAAUGUUUUUUUUUUUAGCAUUUGCUUAGUAUGGAUCAUUGUUAGUGAUAACAUGAUGAGUGGGCAAGGUCAACCAAGUAGAGCAAGAGUGACAUACCAAGCCCAAAGAAUUGAUGUCGGGUGGCGACAGGGGGUACGGUUCUGGGAUGAUGUUGUAAUCAGAAUUGUAGUAUUUAAGUAUAAGUUGUGCACUGUAAACCCUAAUCUUUCAUUGAUAAUACAAAGGAACUGCAGCUUCUCUACAGUCGGAGACGUAGGCAAUAUUGGCCGAACUUCGUUACCAAACAUUGUGUUUUCGCUAUUUGUGUUUUUGAACUGGUUUGCUGUUCUAACAUAUAUUUAUUGGCAACACACAAUGUUUACAUUGGAAGGGAAUCCAUUUUAAACUGUCACAUUCCACUCAAA